AUGGCGGGGAGCAGUCCCUUGAGUGAUAGCAGCACACCAUUAGCCGCCUCUGACGACGACCCCUUGGUAGCUGACGACGAGCCGAACGGCACAUGCGGGGGCAGGCGGCACCGCGUGCUGAUGGUGUGCGACUUCUUCUUCCCCAACUUCGGCGGCGUCGAGAGCCACAUCUACCUCCUCGCGCAGUGCCUGCUGCAGCGCGGCCACAAGGUGGUGGUGCUGACGCACGCAUAUGGCGACCGAGUGGGAGUGCGCUACCUCACCAAUGGCCUCAAGGUCUACUACGCGCCGCGCCGCCCCGUGUGGCUGCAAGCCACGCCCCCGUCGCCGCUGCCAUGCCUGUCGCUGCCACUGUUCCGCGCCAUAGUGGUUCGGGAGCGCAUCGCCAUCGUGCACGCGCACCAGAGCUUCGCCCCCAUGUGCCACGACGCGCUGCUGCACGCCCCCACGCUGGGCCGCCGCGCUGUCUUCACCGACCACUCGCUCUGUGGCUUCGCUGAUGCUGCCAGCAUCCACAUGAACAAGCUGCUGCAGUUCUCAACAGCGGGCAUCCAUGCGGCCAUAUGUGUGUCGCACACGAGCAAGGAGAACACCGUGCUGCGCGCUGCGCCCUCCCUGCCGCCGCACCGAGUGGCUGUCAUCCCCAACGCCGUCGACGCCAACAACUUCCUCCCCGACCCAACCCGCUGCCCGCCCCCCCCACCUGCUGCCCCUGCUGCUGCCCCUACUACGGGUGCUGCUGGGGAAUCCGCUGCUGCUGUUGGUUUGCGCAGCGAGGGGGCUGGAGGACGAGCAGCAGGGGAGGAUGGAGAAAGGGAUGUGGAGGAUGAGGGUAGUGCCGUGCUGUGCAGAGCUGCAGGCAGUGGGGGUGGGGCAGCAGCAUGUGCAGCAGGGGGAGGAGCAAAAGGUGGGACAGGAGGGGCUGUGGGGCAGAGAGAGGCAGUCGGGGGUGGGGGAAGAGGGGAGGAGGCAGCGAGGGAGGGAGGGGCAAGGGGAGCGUGGAGCAGAGAAGAGGCGGAGAGAGCAGCAAGCAUGACACACCCUCCAGCGGCUGAGGUGGCGGGGAGGGUGGGACCAUCAGGAGCAGAGGGGCUCGAGCACAGUGGCAUGGCAGUGGCUGCUGGGCGGGAUGGGGAAGGCAGCAUGGGGGGUGGCAUGGAGGCGAGCUUGGGGGUUGGUUCAGAGAUGCGAGGGGGAGAGGGGUCGGAGAUGGAGGUGGUGAUAGUGGUGAUCAGCCGCCUCGUGUACCGCAAGGGUGCUGACCUCCUCGUCGACGUCAUCCCCGCCGUCUGCCACCGCUUCCCCAAUGUGCGGUGGAUAAUAGGGGGCGAUGGCGCCAAGAGGGGGCGGCUGGAGGAGAUGAGGGACCGCCACGGGCUGCACCACCGCGUCACCAUGCUGGGCGCCGUGCCGCACAGCCAAGUGCGCUCCGUGCUCAUCCAAGGCCACAUCUUCCUCAACAGCUCGCUCACCGAGGCCUUCUGCAUCGCCAUCCUCGAGGCCGCCUGCUGCGGCCUCUUCGUCGUCGCCACGCGUGUCGGCGGCGUGCCCGAGGUGCUGCCGCCCGACAUGAUGCUGCUGGCGGACCCCAACCCGCCGGACAUCGUGGAGGCCAUCGCACAGGCCAUUCAGAUUGUGCCACGUGUCAACCCCCAGGCCAUGCACGAGAGGGUGUCGCGCAUGUACAGCUGGCAUGACGUGGCAGAGCGCACGGAGCGCGUGUACGACCGCGUCAUGGCCAUGCCUCUCGACGACCUCCCCACCCGCCUCUCCAGCACGGCUCCUGUGUUGCAUGACAGCACGGCUCCUGUGUUGCAUGACAGCACGGCUCCUGUGUUGCAUGACAGCACGGCUCCUGUGUUGCAUGACAGCACGGCUCCUGUGUUGCAUGACAGCACGGCUCCUGUGUUGCAUUCGUGCCUCCAUCAGACUGUGUGCCAUCAUCACAUGCCCCUCGUGGUGCGGCCAUCACAUACCCUCACGUGCCACUCUCACAUGCGCCUCACAUGGCCCUCGCAUGUGCCUUGCAUGCCGCGCACACGGUGCAGGUACUACGCGUGUGGGGUGGUGGCAGGGAAGGUGUUCUGCCUCGUGGUGCUCCUCAACUCGCUGCUUGCUGCAAUCCUCGCCCUUCUGCAGGUACUCCCCACUCCCCUCCCUCGCCUCCCUCCCCUCUCUCCCCUCUCUCCUCUCUCCCCUCUCUCCCCUCUCUCCCCACUCCCCUCCCUCCCCUCUCUCCCCUCUCUCUCCGCUCUCCCCUCUCUCCCCUCACUCCCCUCUCUCCCCUCUCUCCCCUCUCUUCCCUCACUCCUCUCACUCCCCUCACUCCCCUCUCUUCCCUCGCUACCUUCGUCCCCACUCUCCCUUCACUCACCUCGUCUCCACUCUCUCUUCCCUCCCCUCGCCCCAACGCUCCCCUCGCUCCCCUCGCCCCCACUCUCCCCUCUUUCCCCUCGCUUUAACCCUCCCCUCCCUCCCAACCAACCUCUCCUCGCACCACCUCAGCCCAUGAGUGCAUCCCUCCCACCACCCGUCCCACCGCCCCUCCCACCGCCCCUCCCACCGCCCCUCCCACCGCCCCACCACCCAUGGCGAGGUGCCUUGAGCUCUCUGCUGGUCCUUCCCCCAUGUUCCUUUGCCUUCUCCACUUGCCCCCUCCGCGGUUGUCUGCUGGCUCCUGCCGACGGCCGCUGGAACUCCUCGUCUCCUGUCCGCCUUGCUGCCUGCUCCACUGCCCGCCCUCUCGCCCGCGCCACAUUAGUGCAAUGA